AUGGCUCGGCCGCUGCCGCUGCUGCUCUGCCUGGCCGCGCUGGGCGCCGGCUGCCGGGCGGAGAGCCAGCCCGCCGGCACGGCCGGGCCCUCGGCCGAGCCGCUGCAGGACGAGGCGGACAACCAGGAGAACAUCCUCUCGCAGCUGCUAGGUGACUACGACAAGGUGAAGGCGGUGUCCGAGGGCUCCGACUGCCGCUGCAAAUGCCUGGUCCGGCCCCUGGGCCGCGGCGCCUGCCAGAGGAUUAACGAGGGCGCCUUCAGAGCCGAGGACUUUUACACGGUGGAAACCAUCACGUCAGGGCCCAGCUGCAAGUGUGCGUGCGUGGCCCCCCCCUCAGCUCUCAACCCUUGCGAGGGCGACUUCAGGCUGAAAAAGCUGCGGGAGGCAGAAAGCAGCGACCUGAAGCUCUCCUCCAUCGUCGAGAUGCUGGAAAGUGCUUUUUAUGGCUUAGACCUUCUGAAGCUGCACUCAGUCACAACCAAGCUGGUGGGUCGGGUGGAGAAGCUCGAGGAGGGCAUGUCCAGGAACUGGACGCAGGAAGGCCAGCGGGCAGGAGCCAGCGGGGAGGAGAGUCUGCGGGAUCCCCCUGGCAGGGCAAACUGCUCCAGGCUCCUCAGCAACAGCCUGGCCGACAUCGAGGGCUCUCUGCAGCGGGACGCUGAGGCUGCCUACGCCCACUCGGAGGGGAAAUAUGAAGAAAGAUUCCUGAAGGAUGAAACCAUCUCCCAGCAGAUCAACUCUGUGGAAUCCCUCCCGGAGCUGCACCUCUCUCUGGAGGAGAAGAAGCCUGAGCAGCUCUUGCAGAGGAAGCUGCGGGUGAGGAGCCGGCCUCCUUCCAAGCCCACCAUUGUCCGAGGGGUCACCUACUACAAAGCCCAGUCCACCGAGUCAGAGAACGACAUCGAGGAGCAACGUGAGUUGGCAGAUGAGCUCUUCAGCGGGGACAACACGGUGGAUCUGCUGAUAGAGGACCAGCUCCUGAGGCCCAGCAGCAGGGCAGGCGAGCCCGUGAGAAAGCCCUCCCCAGUGGGGUGGCCGCCCACCCCUGGCAUAGCUCCCACCACCGUGCCAGCUGCGGGCACUGCUGUGACACCCACGGUGCCGCUGUCCCCUGCCACGCCAGAGCCCACCGCCGUGAGCCGGCUGACCCCCGCCCCGGAGGCCGUCACUGCCCCGGCAGGGCUGGCACAGGAGGGGACCCCACAGCUGCCAGGCACGGCCAGCACAGGGGUGGCCACAGCCACAGAGAACUUGCUCGUGGCCACCCCCACUGGAGGCUGGGGUGACACGGAGCCCAGCCCGGGAGCUUGGGUCCAGGCAAACACCCCCGCAACGCCGGUGAGCCCGGCCAUCCCUGCCACGCCAAAGGAGGGCCUGGAGGAGGAGGACAUCAGGAACAUCAUUGGGCGCUGCAAGGACACGCUGUCCACCAUCUCGGGACCCACCACCCAGAACACCUACGGGCGCAAUGAGGGAGCCUGGAUGAAGGACCCCCUGGCCCAGGAGGAGCGGAUCUAUGUCACCAAUUACUACUAUGGAAACACACUGGUGGAGUUCAGGAACCUUGACAACUUCAAGCAAGGUCGCUGGAGCAACUCCUACAAGCUCCCGUACAGCUGGAUUGGGACAGGGCACGUUGUCUACAACGGUUCCUUCUACUACAACCGGGCCUUCACGCGCAACAUCAUCAAGUACGACCUGAAGCAGCGCUACGUGGCCGCCUGGGCCAUGCUGCACGACGUGGCCUACGAGGAGUCCACCCCGUGGCGGUGGCGAGGCCACUCUGACGUGGACUUUGCCGUGGACGAGAACGGCCUGUGGGUCAUCUACCCGGCCAUCAGCUACGAGGGCUUCAACCAGGAGGUGAUCGUGCUGAGCAAGCUGAACGCGGCCGACCUCAGCACCCAGAAGGAGACCACGUGGCGGACGGGGCUGCGCAAGAACUUCUACGGGAACUGCUUUGUCAUCUGUGGGGUCCUGUACGCGGUCGACAGCUACAACAAGAGGAACGCCAACAUCUCCUAUGCCUUUGACACGCACACCAACACGCAGAUCAUCCCCAGGCUGCUCUUUGAGAACGAGUACGCCUACACCACGCAGAUAGACUAUAACCCCAAGGACCGCCUGCUCUACGCCUGGGACAAUGGCCACCAAGUCACCUACCACGUCAUCUUUGCCUACUGAGACCCCCCCACCACAGUGGGGCACUGCAAGCCAGGGGCCACCAGCACCUUUUAUUAUUAUUUUUAUUGUUAUUAUUGUUAUUUUGUACAAAUUGAAGAGUAAAUGAUGGGUUUUGUUUCAAGCUGGUUUUUUAUGGUGGAUUGUAGAUCGAUCCCCAGGCCAGAAGCACUCCCUUUGUCUUUGCUGUAUCCUUGCUUCUGAUUUUCCUUCCCAGGGGAAGGAGGUCCUCCUUUGGAAGGGCAGGCCCGGCUCUCCUACCCAGGGAAGAGGAGGUGGCCCAGACACCGUCCUCCUGAGGAUGUUUUUAGCUGGAGAUGAUCAGCAAUACACCCUGAACCAGUGCAAAGCUGCACGCACCAGGUCCCAGCGGGAUGCUGCUGCCUGCCUGUCCUGGUGGAGGACCUGCAUGUCCCAUGGGAAUGUCCCGUCUCUCAGGACCAUCUUCCCAGCUGACGGCCAGCAGGCCCCUUGGAGAUCCUGCUGUACAUGGGGCUGCGAGCACAGCUCCAGCAGCCCCUGGUGCUGGUACUUACGUCAAGGACUGUCCCCUCCAGCCGGGGCUCUGCUCUCUGCAGGCCGCUCUGGGGGGCUGGACGCACCCCGAGCCCUCACUCAUGCCUGGAGGGAGCUGGCGGCAGGAGGGGGAUGCUGUAAAUACGUGUAGAUGGCUUUUGUUUGUUCAUCUUGUAACCCAAAUAGUUCCCCUUGGCAUUUGCUGGUGAAGGCUCUGCUCAGCUGGGCACUGGGCUGCCUGGGCAGGGGCUGGCAGAGCCCUCGCUGUGCCACUCCACCUCCUACAUUCCCUCUCGUGCCCAUGCCCGCCCUGGUCCUGGACCACCAGGAUCCCCUCAGAGAGGCACAGCCCUUGCCCUCCUGCCCAUCAGCAUCUUGUAUUUACCUGCUGUCAGUAAUAAAGGAUCCAGUACCUUUGCAGCUGUUUGGGGCUUUCUUUGGCUCUGCUUCACCCUCUGGGUGCAUGACAAUGCACAGGGGUGUUUUGGGUGGGUUUUGGUUGGUUUGGGGAGAGCCAGUUUACACACCAGAUGGGGACAGACUCCAGAGGGCUUUAGGCUGCUUGGGACUGGUAC